CGUGGGAGCGACGCCAGUAGCCAAUGGACGCACACGGCGGAGGGCGAAGGGCAGGCCGGCGGCGCCGUAGACGCGGGGCACGCUCGCUCGCUCCCUCCGUUCAUCCAAUGCCGUAGGCUCCAUGCCCAAUGUGGGACUUGAUUGAACUCACAACCCUGAGAUCGAGAGUUGCAUGUUCUACAAACUGAACCAGCCAAGCACCCCAGAACUUCCACUUUAAAAAAACUUACUUUUUUUAUGCAAACAGGGGAACUCUCAACCAAACCUACUCAGAAACAUUUUGUGUGCAUCCUAUUUUGAAUCAAACAUUAGAGAUCUAGCCUUCUAUCAAAUGAUGCUGUUUGGAAAAAUUUCCCAGCAGUUGUGUGGCUUAAAGAAACUCCCAUGGUCAUGUGACUGCAGAUACUUCUGGGGCUGGUUGAAUGCAGUGUUUAAUAAAGUGGAUUAUGAACGCAUCAGGGAUGUGGGACCCGAUAGGGCAGCAUCGGAGUGGCUGCUGCGCUGUGGGGCCAUGGUGCGCUACCACGGCCAGGAGAGGUGGCAGAAGGACUACAACCACCUCCCCACAGGACCUCUGGACAAGUACAAGAUUCAGGCAAUUGAUGCCACGGACUCUUGUAUCAUGAGCAUUGGAUUUGAUUACAUGGAGGGCCUACAGCAUGUUGAAAAAAUAAGGCUAUGCAAGUGUCAUUAUAUCGAGGAUGACUGUUUGGAGAAACUUGGUAAACUUGAAAAUUUACAAAAGAGCGUAUUGGAAAUGGAAAUAAUUUCAUGUGGGAAUGUCACAGACAAAGGCAUCAUUGCUUUAUAUCACUUAAGAAACCUGAAAUAUUUAUUGUUAAGUGAUCUUCCUGGAGUAAGAGAAAAAGAAAACCUUAUCCGAGCCUUUAAGACAGCACUGCCUUCGCUGGAACUAAAAUUAGACUUGAAGUAAAAUAAUCAUAUUCAAGAAGUAUCGUAUUUCAAUAUAAAGUAUCAUUUGAAAUUGUUGAUCCCAAACAUCAUAAAUAUUGUAUAAUCAUCAACAGACCCUAAGGAUAUCCAAUCAUGACAUUUCAGAAGCAGAGUCCAUCAUGUAGAAAAUAUUCAGACAUGACUCACUGAAGUUACUAAGUUGGAAGUAAAAAUAUAUGUACAUUAAAUCCUUUUAGGAAAAAUGGAAACAAGGUAGCAGUUUAAUUCUCAUAUGUUCCUCAUUUUAUAUAGAAAUCUGUACAGUAUGUAGAUACUGACAGAGUUCUUUAAAGUGAUUUAAAUGUGCAACACAUUUAUUUAAAUGUGCAACACAUUUAUUGUAUUUUAUCAGUAAUUUAUGUUAAUGUUACAUUUUACUUUAAAGCUAUUGAAGCAUGUUACUAUAAAUGUAUAGUUAUGAAAAACUGAAAGCUAAGUUUCAGAUUCAUUGAUGAAUUAUGAAAGGCAGUCAUUGGUUGUUGAGGCAUCCAUAUUGCUUCCCAGGAUUUGCAUUCAUUUCUCAUGACCCUACAUUCCUUUGUUCUUUAUAACCUACACCUUUCUCUGAAUGAAUAGUUUCUGGCUAAUUUGUCUAUUUUGUAAGCUUAGUCGGGUGUUUUAUUAAAACUAGACAUAAAUAUUUGGCUGAAUUCAAAUAGUUUUGCAACUUCAGUAGAACAAAGGAAAUAAUCAUGAAGACCAUACUUUUUGCUUAAAUUAAAAUAUUGCUUUAAACCAAAAAUUUUGACAUGCCAACUAGAAACUAAUUUAAAUUUCCCCAUAUAUGUUGGGUACUGCUUCCUAUGACUUCAAGGGACAUCAAAAAGAAGUAUAAACACAAAAUUCAAUUUACAUCUAGAAAGCAGUGAUAAAGAAUAUCACAAAUAGGUAAAAACAGAUCUUUAAUUUUACCUGCUUGAAAUGGCCCUGGUUCUAUUAUUGUUAAUUAUAGGCCAACUUGUCUGUAGAUUUCUGUAUGUCUUGUUCUUGAACAUAAACUAUACGGUCUUGAAUAGAACCUUAACUGGAAAUAAUUUUAAAAUAAACACUGUAUGAUGCAGCA